CAUUCAGACGCAAGCCGCAGUACACCACCAAACCCCAUCCCGCUCCGCCGGCGACGAUGGCGACCCCGCCGCCGCGGUGGCCGCCGGGCUUCCGCUUCAGCCCCACCGACGAGGAGCUCGUCCUCUACUUCCUCAAGCGCCGGAUCGCCGCCGCCCGCCCCACCCCCUACAUCGCCGACGUCGACGUCUACAAGUCCCACCCCUCCCUCCUCCCCGAGAGGUCGGCGCUGCGCACCGGCGACAAGCAGUGGUUCUUCUGCAGCCGGCUGGACCGCAAGUACCCCAACGGCUCGCGCGCCAGCCGCACCACCGCCGACGGCUACUGGAAGGCCACGGGCAAGGACCGCGCCAUCUGCAACGGCGGCCGCGCCGUGGGGAACAAGAAGACGCUCGUCUACCACCACGGCCGCGCGCCGCGCGGCCAGCGCACCGACUGGGUCAUGCACGAGUACACCCUCCUCCCCGACGCGCUCCCGCACGCCCGCGAGCCAUUCGCGCUCUACAAGCUCUUCGAGAAGAGCGGCGCCGGGCCCAAGAACGGCGAGCAGUACGGCGCGCCCUUCCGGGAGGAGGACUGGCUUGACGACCACGACGCCAACCUCCUCGUCCAGCUGCCCCUCGCCACGGAGCCCGCUGCUCACCCUUCCACCACCGCCGCCACCGUGCCUAGGGCCGCCACCCUGCUGAUUGGGGAUCUGGAGCUGCCCCUGUUGCAAAACGGAGACGACCCCCCAACCACCGACCACCCACCAUCAUCUAUCUCCACACCAGUCUCUUCCCAAAUUCCGCUACAGCACGGCCGAACCUGGCCCAGCGAUGACGCUACAACCAGCAGCCGCGCCAUGCCAGCGGCGGCGGAGAACGCCGAGCUCCCCCUGGGGGAUCUGGAGGGGCUUCUCAUGCAAAUAUCAGACGACCAGCGCGCCGCCAAUUCGUUCCAGGAGUUCUCUGCAUCCGUGCCCCAGCUGCAGCUUCAGCACGAUGAUCACCAGCCCUCGCCCAACACUGACAUGGAGGAGAUCAGUGUCGCAGAUUAUGCCGCUAGUAGUGGCGUUGCGGACGCAUCUGAGUGUGCUGGCAGUGGCACUGAGCUUCCCUUUGGGGAUCUUGAAGGGCUUUUGUUGCAGCUAGAGAAUGACCAGGAAAACAUUGAGCCACUGACAGAGGCAGAUUUCUCCGCACCAGUUCCUCAUCACGGCUUCCAUCAGGCUGGCGUUGGAGAUUUCCAAGGAUGUCCUGGCGCUGUAUUCAGCUCUGUAGAUCCUUCUUCCGUAUUGCAAGAGAGCACAAAUCUUGGUCCACAAUGUGAGCCCAGUAAUCAUAUUGCACAGUCUGCUCUCACCAACAUGCCAUUGAGUUGGGAAACAAACUGCACUGAAGAAACUAGUGCCCUGCGAUCUGUAUCAGGGUUGGCUAGUUACGACAGUCAGGAUGCUGAUGACGAGUUCCUUGAAAUCAACGAUUUCUUUGAUCUUGAAGACGCAGGGCAGGGUGUGAACUGUACUGCAACUGAGCACUUGAUUUCUGCAUCGAAUGGGAUGUAUGAUAGUAUGGAGUACGCUGAUGCUUCAAUGUUUCUUCCUGGCUCAUUUGACACAGCUGGAGUGGGGACUGAAAACCAAAAUGGUUAUCUUGGCGAUAAUGGAUCCCAGAACCAGGCCUUUCACUACACAUCUGAAUCAUGGACACAGAACCAGGUUGCUCUUAAUGUGCGGAACAGCAUGCAGCAUAACCAUGUCAUCUUCUCCUCACACGCAUCAGGCACCUCCAAUAUUCAUACGAUGAAUGAGGAACCAUCUAACCGGAAUCCACAGGAUUCACAAUCAUGGUUCAACACAGCUGUAUCAACCUUGCUGGACGCAGUCCCUGCCGGUCCAGCUUUGGCUGCUGAAAGCAAUGUCCUGAACAGAACACUCCAACGCAUUUCUAGCUUUAGGUCAGAACAAGCUUCACAUGAAGAACCAAGCGCCCCAGUUAUUCAGCUUAGAAGAAGGGGCGCGGGGCUGAUUUCGGUCUCGCUACUGGUUCUUCUUGCCGCUAUCCUGUGGGCCUUUGCUACUGGCACCGGGUAUGCAAUCAAGUUCUGCAAGGGGUUAUGGAGUUCCUCUUCGACAUGACAGGAUGAGUGGCAAACUUUUCUCUAGUCAUCAUGGUGUCUGGUCUUCGUUGUAACUCCUUUGUCCUCAAUUAGUAGGCAAUUGUUUUUCCAUCAUUCCCAUUGGAAAAGGCAAAGAGGUAGAGACAUUUUCAAAGGAACAUGAUUUGAGGUGUUAGCUUGAAGCUUACGCAGGAGGCGCAGAAACCAAAAAAAAAAAAGGAAAAAAAAUCUGAUGGCAAUAUAAAUAUGACUACUACUUAGCUAUUUCCCUUUUCAACUCGUCUGGUUGUUGACAUUGUAUUACUGAAUGUAAUUGAACCACGAUGAGGGAUGCAACUCCUUCCCUGUGCAUAGUAGUAUUGAUAGUAUGAUUGUGCGCCAGAUUCAUGAUAAUGUUUGAUGAAAAGCAUGUGGAGCUUA